GGAACUGGCAGCUGAAGAGAAUUUGCAACACUGGACCACAGACACACAGCCUUUGCAUAUGACCCAGAAAUUCAUAAGAUAUUCAUCUCAUGAUUUCAGAAAACGCUGUUUCACAUUAGUCACACAUUAAUAUUUGGAUCAUUACCUGUUUUAUCUGUUCUGCUUUCAUCUAACUAACCUGCAUUCAUUUUAUCCCCCCGCCUCUAUUUCAGUAUUUACGGCAAGCCAAACAUAAACCGGAAGUGGACGCUUGUCCUGUUGUGGAGAUUCGGGGAAGAUACUUGUUUUUAUUGUUAUGAUCGCUAAUUUUUUUUAUUAUUAAUAUUUUAUUAUUAGGGAAAAAAAAGACUUCGAGUGUAUGAAAGGCUGAAUAAUCGAAGAGGACGAUGCUCUCGGAGGACACGGCCACCAACAGCAGCGGUUCUUUCCACAGUAGGCUGGCCUCAGUCAUGGCCGUGGUGGCUCAGUCUGCUGUGGCAGAAAUCAGCAAACUGUACGAUGACGGGCUGCUGGUGCUGCGCCUGGAGGUCUGCCGCAAAGACUCCGAAAUCGAGGCGCUGAAGAAGAAACUGGAGACGGUGGAAAACGAGCUGCGGCUUGUGAGAGAGUCUCAGCGUCCAGAGACCCGCAGCCUGACCCCUAACCUGCUCCCUGCUCCCUGUCCACACAGGAGAGACCUUGGAGAAUGCACAGAAGGGACAAAUCAGCGUCGUUCAUGGAAACCUCAACCUUCUUCUGAUGUGUGUAAUGGAAAGGAAAAUGAUCAGGCAGGUGAAACGAAUUACAAAUCCUCAGAAGAAAUAAAUUCGCAGGACAUUCUUGCAAAGGAAACGGAGCUCACCCCGACAGACCCACAACCUUCUACGGAGGAGCUGAAGCAGCCGGCGUUCUGCGAGGAAGAGAGCGGACCAGAGUUUCAGAAAAAGACAGAACAGGAGAUAGAGACAGUCAGUUUAGAUGAGAGCAACAUAGAGUGUGUUGUGAUCGAGGACAGAGAAACAGAGCCGUGGUCAUCCACGGAGAACAGCAUGGAACAUGCCGAGGACCUGGACUGCUCUAUUGUUACCGAGCAAGACGGACAUCCGCUGAUCGCGUCCGUGUGGAGCGUCGGUUCUAGCACCUCCCGUCCCGUGGAUGAUAUAACUAUGACAAACAGACUCAAUGUAGAAGAAAUAAGGCAGCAGAGGAUGCCACAGCAGCAGCCUAGAAGCGAAGGAGAACCAACAGACCUGAACCUGCCACGCCAGUUACAACACAGAGCGGACACAACCGUCCAGCCCAGGCUGCUGCUUCCUUCAAGAACUCAUGAAGGUGUCAUGCUCUUAAACAACAGCACGAGUCAGAAUGGGAACCAAGCACCUUUCACAGGAAAUGAAAUCGCUAUAGCCAGGUUACCUCCGAGGAGAAAGCCGGUGAGAGAGAAAUGGUUUAUGUGUUCUUUCUGUGGGAAGAGCUUUGACCGCAUCAGCCACCUUCAGAUGCACCACAGAAUUCACACCGGUGAGAAACCGUUCCACUGUGGCAUGUGCGGGAAGAGUUUCUCUCAACAAAGCAACUUACGGACACACCAGAAAACCCACAAAGAUCUCAGGACAGCGAGUGAAACGUUUUAAAAAAAAAAAAAAAAAAAAAGAAAAGAUAGAAAAUUAAGACACUUAGGACGUCCGUGUGUCAUUUUUUAUUUUCUAGUACGUAAACCAACACCUGGCCAUCUUGGGUUUGCUCAUUUUAUUUUUACAAUAAACAAAAAGUUGGCAACACUUCUCUGUUACUGUCUUUACAAACUGCACAGUGGAAUACAGAAAUAAUACACAAAAUUCAUGAAAAGGUAUUUCAUAAGUUGACAGGUUUGUCUCCUAGUAUUUACUUAUAUUUACAAAUGCUAUACACUGCAUCGGUGAACCUUAAUUAAUUAAGAGCAAUCAGUUGCUAAACUAGGUCGUUGAGUUUAAACAAAAUCAUCGAUAUUGACUCUGUUGCUAAUUAAACAAUGCAGAGAUUUAGUAGUAGUACACUUCCAAAAGGUAAUGAACGCUGAGGUAAUUAAUACAGAGAGAAAUAGCUCUGGAAACAUGUCAACUUUAACAGGUCGUUAAAGCCACAAGAACUAACCGUGUUUAACAGGUUGAUAUUCUGGCAGUAAAAGCUGCUAAACCUCAUUGUGCAGUACGUGAAUAAGUGACACUGAAACGCCUGCUUGCUUCAGGGACUCCCGUUUCCUUUCAGAGAGCUCUCAGUCUGU